GCUUUACAUAAAUCGAAACUCAAAUAAGAAUUACGCACAUAUGGUAGACUACGCACACAUGAUAGACAAAAGUAAAUGUAACUAUCACAAAUAACACUACAGUCAAAGGGGUGCAGCUACUCCAAUCUUACAUUCAAUACACAUGUUUUUCCAAUAAAAAAGCUUAAUUCAUGAACACAGUCGUUACAAUUUUUUUCAAAUUUAAGUUGAUGAAAAAUGUCGCCUUUUGAGUGGUAACGAGCUUAAAAGUGACGAUGCACAAUAUUCACCGCAUAUAAAUCGCACACCCGACAUCGAACGAAUUAGUGCUCUGUGAGCUAAAAUAUAAACGAUAACGUUAUAUCUAAAAAUAAUGCUUGCUUAAGUGUAUUAUGAAUUGAAAAUUAAAGUUCGAAAUCUAUAUUAACUCUUUUAAACGUGAAAAAAAUGGACACAUCGGACUUUAUAAUGUACAUUUAUUUAUCCGCCGGACUUAUAACAAGACAAACUGCUGAUCAUCUUCAAAAGAGAAAAUGGAUAAUCAAGACCCCUUUAAUUCUCUUCCUUCUGUGUUGUUUGAGAACAAUAACAAUAUCGCAAAUAGCAACACAGAGGACAUGAACACGCCAGUGGCAGAUCCAAAGCAAGCAAAUGAGAUUAUAGAAAAUCAACUUGAUUCGAUUUACACUGAUGGGUUUUCAAGCAGUAUGUUUAUACCAUCUACAUUUCUUUCGGACAAUGGUCAUAUUGAACUGAGCACACAAAGUCGAACGCCCUAUACUGCAUCACACGACAAAACAGUGACAGAACCAUGUGUAGUUCCUGAUGACCCAACGGCUGAUCACCAAAUCAAUGCAACAUCAGCUUCUGAUGAAGAAAAUGGACAGCCACAGUCAAGUUCUGGCUCAGUCGCCUAUUAUACCGAGAGUCUGAGUUCCGAGGAAUCGCAAGAAGAGGAAAUAGACGAAAAUGGCGACACCCCACUACACAAAGCCAUAAUUGACGGUGUCACGUUUGUGGACAUGGGUGAGAUACCAGCUCAGUAUAUCAAUCACCAGAACUACCUGCGACAGACACCUCUGAAUCUUGCUGUGCUGACAAAUAAUCCCGAAAAUGUCAAGUUGCUGCUUAAAUGCAAUGCAGACCCAAAUAUACUAGAUUCGAAGCUGAGAUCUCCUGUUCAUAUAGCCUGUUCAAAAGAAAAUGUCCCGUGUCUGAAGGCUUUGCUUGAUUCGCAACACAAACGACCCAAUCAAAUGCUACGUACCCAUGACAGUGAAGGGCAAAAUUGCCUUCACAUCGUUGUUAACAACAAAAACGCGGAACUAGCUAAGGUUCUGUUAGACCGAGGGGCAGACAUCAACGCCGCUGAUAGGAAAAGUGGCCGUACUGCUUUACAUUUUGCGGUGGAAACUGGAAAUACCGAAAUGAUAAGGUUCCUGCUUCAGUACCUGGAAAACAAUGGGGGACUCCAAUUGGAUGCGCGGACGUACGCUGGUGAAACGCCGUUGAAGCUAGCUCACGGUAGAGGAAAUACAGAUGUCGUUGCAAUCCUCGAACCAUUGUACCCGGCUUCAGAAAGACGGAACCCAUAUGAUGAUUCCGACGACGAUGAUAGUGGUGACGAAACAAACUAGGAGUUUCAAAAUGUUUUGAUAAAAAGCAUGAUAUCAAACAUUAAGACUCGGUACACACUUGUUUACACCUCUGGAUGAUAUUGCUAGCUACAUGGACUUGAUAAUGAUACAAUAUUGUUGAAAUACCUUCGACGAUGUAUCAGAACACAAUAUGCGUAUUCAUUUCUUCUUUAGAUUGUAUGUGAUUAUUUAACUGUUUGCAUUAUAUGGCCCAUUAAAUAAAAUGCAAAAGAAGACAUAUGCGAAACAUUAUACAUUAAAAUCACUAAACAUUAAGAGUGGUUGUCUCGAACAUUGGAAAGGGAAAGGAAAUUCCAUAAAUGUUGACAUUUGUUCCGAAUAUCGUGGACAAUAAACAUUAUACACGUCAAAAGUGAGAAAGGAUCUACAACCCACGACAUGGUAGUUUGCGAUCAUGAUAUAUGGUUGAAGAUUGUUGACAAACUAUACCUGCGUAGGAAACUUUUCAAUCUUUAUAAUUAGCGUGUUUUUGUUUUCAGUUUGUACCUGUCCUAAUUUAGGUAUGUUGGAUUGCGUUUGUAAAUGCGAUUGCUGAAGAUUUACAAUUUUGCAAAUUAAGUAGUUUUCCGGAUGGAAUCUGCGCUUCAUAUUGAGUUUGAGGAUAAAAAAAUAUACAGCUAAGAGUAUGUAGAUAGACCGCGCUCUGUGAAAAAGGGGUUUAAAGCAUAUGCGUUAAGUGUCGUCUCAGAUUAGCCUGUGUAGUUCGCACAGGCUAAUCAGUGCAGACUCUUUCCGCUUUUAUGAUAUUUUUCGUCGUAAGAAAGUUUCUUUUUCGCAAAAAUCAAGUUUUUGCACAGGGUUAUCUGGGAUCUGGCACGACACUUUACGCACAUGCAUUAAACCCCCUUUUCACAGAGCGCGGCCCAUAUGUAUUGGAAACGGGUCAAGUUGUAUACUGUAUAUAGUAUUGUUAUCAAGAAAAAGGCAUUUGUUGUUAUUAUAAAAUAUAUAUAAUAAGAAUUUGAAUAUUUAACCAAUAACCGAAUAUUUUUAUAAAUGCAUAGUCUUGUUAUUCACUACAUGUACACGUUUGUGUAAUGCGUUUUUUCCGGUCUAGUGUAAGCCAUCUGCAUGGUAUUGCCUGGUCUAUACCACACAUUAACCCAUUUAUGCCCAGUGGACUCUCCCAUCCUUCUAAAUUGGAUCAAUUUAUUUCCAAAAUUAGGGGUGUCAAGUAUAUUUAUUUCUAUAUUUAGAAAUUCAUUUUCGCAAACAGCGCAGACCCAGAUGAGACGCCGCAUUAUGCGGCGUCUCAUCUGGGUAUACGAUGUUUGCAAUGUCCUUUUUUUCAGGACGCUAGGCAUAAAUGGGUUAAGAUAAAUGUACUGUGACUAGUUUUAGACCAGGUGGAACUAUAUGAACAUGUUAGGGUAAUACAAUAUAAUUUGAACCCGAUGGCGUUUAUGUCAACUAAGGCGGUAUUAUACCGAACAAACAAACCGUAACAUAUAAAAAAAUUACUUGAUUUUGUUCGAUAUUUAACCGAUUUAUACGAUCUCAAAUUACAUGAUAAAUUCUUUCAUAAUUGAUCAAGUACAUGUAACACAAAUCAUAUAUCAUGAUACCAUACACGUGUCGACGCAUGUUUCAAAAUCUUAAUUGCAAUACGAAAAGUCACAAUUUGAAAUAACAUUCUGAUUAACAUAUUGUUAUUCAAAGAAUGUUACACAUGUACAUAUAAGAGUUGUAAAUUAAAUAGGGUAGAUUAGACAAUACAAUAACAUAAUAUCAGCUGUGAUGCUGUGAAAUGAUUGUAUAAAUACACCAAUUAAUUAAAACAUUUUGUUAGUUGAUGUGAGGAACUAUUUUUGUAUUAUAGUUUUGCAUUAUUAGAUACUUUAAUGUAUCAAGUUGUUUUUAUAAGAAACUAUCAAAUUGUUUAACUGUUGUUCAUAUUUGUGUUUUUUUGUAAGGACGAUUUCGGUUUAAAUGUUGAUUUUAUUUUUCAGAUAAUAGAUGAAACUCUUAAAACUGUAUGUGUUCUUUUUAUAUUUACAUAUUUUUUUUAAUCAAACGAGUUUAGUCGAAUAAUGAUACAUGAAAGAAACAAACUCUAAGGAAGGUUAAUGUUAAACGUCACCACCACCACCACCAACAACAAUAAAUUGUUUGUUAAUAUGCAUUUAACUAUUCUUUUAAUUGAUCAAUUGUGUAUUGGAAAAUAGUGAGUUGAUUAGGUGCAUUUCAUCCCAAAACUUUUUCAAUUAGGGUAUUUAUUAGGUUUAUUUGAAAGUGUUUUCAUUAUUUUUUAUUUAACUCAUGUUGCAGUUUUAAUAAUUUUGGAUGUUUUGUUUUUGUUAAUGCAUUUGAAAGGGUUUCGUUUUGCAGGUGUGCGUUCAAUUUAUGUUUUCGCCUCCUUUAUAUUCGGUUGGUAUUCAAUAUGUUAUCUUUUACACUGUCCUAGUUAUCAAAAUGUGAUGAGAAUGGUAGAGUACUUAUGGCAAGCGGUUCGACGCAUAAUCCCAAGAAACUAGGUUUCUCAUGAGAACCUAGGUUCUCAAAAUGAGAACCUAGGUUCUCAAAAUGAGAACCUAGGUUCUCGCUUGAAGAUUGCACAUGACGUCAAGAACCCAAGUUUUCAAAUGAGAACCUAGGUUUUCAUGAGAACCUAGGUUCUUAUUUGAAAACAUAGGUUCUCAUGAGAACCUAGGUUCUCAUUUGAAAACCUAGGUUUUCAUGAGAACCUAGGUUCUCAGAAUGAGAACCUAGGUUCUCAUGAGAAACCUAGUUUCUUGGGAUUAUGCGUCUAACUGCUUGCCAUAUCCGUGGUUUUCAUUUGGGAACCAUAGGUUCUCUGAGAACCUAGGUUCUCUGAGAACCUAGGUUUUCAGAGAACCUAGGUUCUCUUGAGAACCUAGGUUCUCAUUAUGAGAACCAAGGUUCUCAUAGAACCUAGGUUCUCAUGAGAACCUAGGUUUCUCAUGAGAACCUAGGUUCUCUGAGAACCUAUGUUCUCUGAAAACCUAGGUUUUCUAAAAACCUAGGUUCUCUGAGAACCUAGGUUCUCUGAGAACCUAGGUUUUCAGAUCCCUAGGUUUUCAGAAUUACGCGUCGGACGGCGUAAACUUGCUCGUUUGGAAUACGGGACACAUUAUUCAGGGCGCAGGAUCAAUGGGAUUCACAUAUGAUUACACACGGGCUGGACAGAAUGAAAACACGCCGUUAAGAACUUUAUUUUUGCAGAUAUCUCAAGUUAUUGAAAUAUGUUUGCAAAGUCUUUAGCGCAUAAGUUUUUCUUGCAAUGUUGCCGAUAUCUUACGAUUGAAUAAUACAUUAUUACACAUAAUCAAUAGAGAUUAAACUUUAUACCAUAAUGAUUGCUUCCUACAUAUAGGUCACAGACAUACUUAAAAUAGAAAACUGUACCGUACAGUCGUUUGAGGCCCGAACAAGGGAACUGAAUAUUUGAAACUCAUUCAAUGCUGUAACAAUGUAUUAUGUAACGAUUGAUCUGAAUUUUUAGUCUCAAAAUAAUAUUUACAAUUAAAGAUGUAUUUCAUAAACAGUUCAAUUUUUUAUUAACGUGUUCAGACCAAUGUCGACCGAUUACUUUACUAAUUUCAUUCCUCAAGAACACCCAUGCACGGAAACAUGAACAAGAAGCGGUCACCGACGGCUAAUGCCUGUUGUCACAAAUAUUCAACAGAUAAGUUUCGUAGAAUAUUACUGAGCAUUGUCUGAACAUUGUUCAGAAAAUGCUCUUGGGGAGAAACAUUCACGGUUUCACGCCUAUUUCUAUUCAUUUUACACAUAUGCCGCCAGCGUGUACCAAGCAAUGGGAGACAACUGGAGGUUAAUUAUGGCAAGCGGUUCGAGGCAUAAUCCCAAGAAACUAGGUUUCUUAUGAGAACCUAGGUUCUCAUGAGAACCUAGGUUUAUGAAAUCCCAAGAAACCAGGUUUCUCACGAGAACCUAGGUUCUCAUGAGAACCUAGGUUCUCAUGAGAACCAAGGUUUAUGAAAUCCCAAGAAACCAGGUUUCUCAUGAGAACCUAGGUUCUCAUUUGAAAACCUUGGUUUACGCUUGAGAACCUAGGUUCUCAUGAGAAACUAGGUUUUUCAUAAGAACCUAGGUUCUCAUAGACACAUAGAACUUAGGUUCUCAUGAGAACCUAGGUUCUCAUGAGAACCUAGGUUCUCAUUCUGAGAACUUAAGUUCUCGUUUGGUAUCCUAGGUGUUCACAAGAACCUAGGUUCUCAUUUGAAAACCUAGGUUCUCAUGAGAACCAAGGUUCUCAUUUGAAAACCUAGGUUCUCAUGAGAACCUAGGUUCUCAUUCUGAGAACCUAGGUUCUCAUUGUGAGAACCUAGGUUCUCAUGAGAAACCUAGUUUCUUGGGAUUAUGCGUCGAACCGCUUGCCAUAAGUACUCAACUUAUACAUUGCUUUAUUUUAAUGAUCAUACAAGAGAUAAACGAAAUUAAUUCCCUUAUCAAGUUUAUCUUAAUAGAAUAGCGUUUUUAUGUAUUUGUUGGUAUUGUAUUGAUCCAAAUUAUUUCAAAUGCAUUCCUUCUUUUAAAUGCGUGUUGAGUUGAAUGCAUGCCUUAUAAAUGAGUCGCGUUCUGAGAAAACUGGGUUUAAUACAGGAUAAUCAGGGACGACACUCUCCGCUUUAAUGCUAUUUUUAGUUUCAAGGAAGUGCCAGGCUAAUCUGGGAUGACACUUUACGCAUAUGCAUUAAGCCCAGUUUUCUCAGAACAAUGGCCCAAAUAUUUGCCAGGUUUACACACCAAGAUUAAUAUAUUUUGUGUUAUAUAAUUUCGUGUUGAAAGAGACGUAUCUAGCAGUUAUAAAAAUGGUUAUUAAUUAUUGUAGCGUUUUUAAUUCUGAGAUUUUCCCCAUCAAUCUACGUUUACUGAUAACAAUAGUUUAUUAUUAAAGUUUUAGUUUAUUUCCCUCGGAUAUCCAAUAGAAAGAUUAGUUGUUGCAAUAUUUGAUAUUUGUUUCAUGUAAGGGACCAAUUCUUAGUACAGUUGGUUUUGCUGUGCAAAGGUUCAGGCACGAUACAUUUUUGAAAUCAAUCAAUGUGUUUGUUAAUGAAUUCUCAGAUCAAUUGUUGAAAAAAAGUGUUCCGAAGUUCAAUCGUUCGAGAAGUUUGUUUGUUAUUGUUAAAGUACAAUACCGCAUACAUAUUUGUUUAGCUUUUCUUCAAAUCAAUUUUGUUCUCGAUAUUCCAUUGUUCAAUAGGAACGAUGAAGAAUUUGUUAUUGGUGUUCAAAUCGUCCCACAUUUUCAUAUACUUGUUUAAAAAUAAUACGUAUAAAAAUGCUGUCAGAAUAUCUUGUGCUCAUUUUUUCAUAUUUUAACGGUCUUUGCUGUUGUUAGCUCUGUAUUGUGUUGUUUUUGUUCUAAAUAUGCAAUUGAUUUUCAAAUUAUUUUAUUUCAUGCUCUAGUUUAUUCUUUCAUUAUGUAUUAUACGUUUGGUUAAUUCCGAUAAUGUUUGUUUGAAUCCAUCAUGCGUCAAUUCGUUCCGUUUCUCGCAUCCUUAUAUUCAUUUUGUUUUAAAAGUCGAAAUCUAGUUACACUGAAAUGUUUUUUUUAAUAACGUGUCCUUUUUCCUAGCAAUUAUUCGUUGAUAGAUAAAUACACUAGGGAUAAAUCGGUUUUAUUGACAGGUUUUAUAUUGCAUGUUUUCGUUCAGUUACAUAAAUUUUCUUACCUAAGGAAGUUAUCGAAUCAACAAAGAAUCGCUUUAAUUGGGAUUGAGUGCCAUAUUUAUCGUGGUUUUUCAGGCUGUUGCAUUCUUGAGAUUGGUUUGAGUUCAUAUGCUGUUAUUGUUUGUAACAUAAUUUUUCUACAUUUAGAAUAACUAUUGUAGUUGCCAUCUUUGUGUCAAUAUUUGAGUUAUGGUAUAUAUAGAUCCCCUCAAUCUAUCAAUAGAUGGUUUGUACUUUAAUGACAAUCGAUGUAUAAGUGAAAGUUCCCUAUGCACAUGUAUAUUUAUGAGUUUUAUACGCUUCUCUUCAAGUUUUAUUCCAACAGCAAACACUAGAACUUAAGUGAUUUCAUUGAACUGAAUAAUUGUGAAAAUACGUUUAGGAUGAAUACAGAUGCCAACAUGUUCACUUUGUGCUUUGCUUCCACUAAGUAAAUAAGGGUAUUAUAUGAGCAAAAAACAAUUUGGACUAUUUUGGAGUUUCUGAAAGCGAUUAAUGGAUGUUAAUAAACCGCAUCAAAAGCUUUAUUACUUCGAGAAGUUUAUAUAAGUAAAUUAUCCAAGUACAUUAGUAAAUCGUUUGUUAUUUGCAUUUAAAUAAGCCAGUUGUAUAAAUGUUUUUAUUUUUUUGUAAAAUAGUUUAAUGCUCAAAAUGAAUGUGUUGCUUUUGCUUUUACUCAUUGAUUUAAAAGUAUGAAAUAGAUGCACAUUAAUAUUUACAACGGCCUUUUUGAACUUCAUCGCGUACCAAAAAAUUCAUUAAUUUCCAAUACGAUAGUUUUCAAACCAACUAUUUUACGAAAUACUAAUUUAACUUGUAUAUCCAUGUAGAGUAAACGUAAAUGUAUUUAUAUGUUCUAACUCAACCUUAAGGUCACGUAGCUUAAAACAAACAAAAGCGAAUAUUAAAUUGAAUAAACUUCUUCAUUGAUAUAUACAAGCGUUUGUUUCAUUUUUCAUACUGGCAGGUAGUGCGUAUGGAAUUAAAUGGACAGUCGGAAUUACUUAUAGGAGGUAAUGUGUCAGGAAGUAAAGUGUUCUAAUUUUAUUUUAUUUGUAUAAUUGUGUCACAUUCAACUGACAUUUGUAUGAUUUGCAUUAAUUUUUCCAUCCGUUGCACCAGCUUUAAUUGUGUGUUUAUGCUUACGGUUGUGUUGGAUGUAUAGACCAACGUUUAUGCAACUGGUGACGUGCCUUAAAUAAUGACAAGAGCAUUGUCAUAAGAUUUGUAUCGUUGUAAUGGUUUUGUUAUGUAUGUACAAUUUAUUCCAAUAUAGUAUAUAACGUAUACAUCUGUUCUGGAAUGUGUCAUUGUAUUGCACCGGUUUUCGAUGGUUUUGUGGAGAUACUGAAAAGAACAAGUAACUUACAUUGUUAAGAGAACUGGCCAUAGAUGAAUAUGUUGUAGAAUGUAAUAAAGUGUUAUAGAAUA